AACCACUUUUGUUCACAGCGUCGCUCUGUUUGAAUCCGGAGCGCCAAGCGUCACCAUGAUCGCGCCUUACCUGAGAAGUUCUGCGGUGGUUCUCGUUCUUCUUACUGCUUAUUUCCACACGGCAUUGUCGGUUCAAGUCACCGUCGGUGUGGUUUACACGGCGGGGAACAAAGAGGCGUACAGCGGAACGGUUCGGCAGGUGUUACAGUACGUCAACGCUUCUGACGACUAUGGAACCGGUGACGUCACCCUCAGCAUUGUCGAACAGGAGGCGAACUGCUCUAGCGAGAACGCAAUAUACAAGGUGAUCAACUCGUUCCGACAACAGGACAUCUGUAACAUCGUGGUCAUCAACAACGACAGGAAGUCUGAUGAGGGAAGCGCGCCCUGCUCCUUCCACAAUGAUAACGACACGUCUUUACUGGCACUGUUUGUCUCAAGACCAUCGAGAUCCGGCGUGCUUCGUAACUCAGGUCCAGGAGUGAUGAACCUUUACCCGGAACCGAUCGACCUGAGUAAGAUGGUGAUCGACACCGUGCAGAAGUACCGCUGGACGUCUGCCUUCGUGCUGUACGAUAAGUUCGCUGACUCCUACAGGACCCUCGAGCAGUUUCUGAACUGGGCCGCAGACAGAGACUGGCUCCUGAGGGUCAAGGAGAUCCCCCUCCUGUCCAGGUCAGAGGUCAACAGGCGCGAGCUGAGGGAACUUCUCGUCCAGAUCAGGAUGUCACGUGAGGUUCACGUGAUUCUCAUGACCAACUCCGACAUCAUCGUUACUGUUCUGGAAAAGGCAGUCCACAUGCAGAUGCUGAAUUAUCAGUACCAGUGGGUGAUAACAAGUCUGAACGGUCCGUUGGGGACAGUUCCUCUGGAGGACUACGAGUACAGCGGAGCGCGGAUGACUUUCUUCCACCCAAACUUCGAGCUGGGAGACGACACCCGUUUGUUUGAGAGGUUUGUGAACGACGCUGUACUGACUGUUGUGAAUGCUGCUGCUGACAUGGUGGAGGACACUGGUGGGACUGAUCAGUGUCUGCUACACUCCUAUGCCACUAAGGUGGAGUUUGAAGGGUAUAGCGGAACAGUGGCUUUUAAUAAAGACGGUAUCAGAGAUAACCUGCAGAUGGAUCUGCUGGAGAACAAGGGGAGAGAACUGAAGAAGGUGGGCACGUGGAGCUCGUGGCACGGCACCAACCUGACCUCCACCUUCAACACCAGCUUCCUCACCAAUCCCGUCCUGGGGGGCAAGAAGCUCAAGAUCAUCACCAAACCGAGACACCCUUAUGUCCAAGUGAAGAAGAACGCCGACGCCUUUGAGCUGGAGGGAGAGGAGCGGUUUGAGGGGUACCUGAUGGACCUGAUCCGCAAGAUGGCGCUUCACCUGAACUUCACCUACAGCCUGGAGAUCCUGGAGGACGCGCACGUGGGGGAGAAACAGCCGGACGGGUCCUGGGACGGGAUGAUCGGCCUGUUGUUCAACUACGAGGUUGAUGUCGUAUUGGACGCGGUAUCCACUCGCUCCUUCCGCCUGGAAGCCGUGGACUUCACGGAGCCGAUCGAGAUGUCCGGGUACUACCUCAUCAUGAAGCGGCCCAGCAAGGCCAUCCCCGGCAUCUUCCAGUUCCUCGCGCCCUUCAGCACGACCGUGUGGAUCGUCAUCGGCUGCGCCUGCCUCCUCGUGGCCAUCCUGUCCACCAUCAUCAGCUACCUGGACCCGUACGAGUGGCACCAGCUGGGCAAGCGAGGAGAAGUCAAGCCGGAUGAAGGAGGGAACUGGGACUUCCUCAACAGCAUGUGGUCCGCCUGGGGCGCGUUUGUAGGCGGCGGGGCCGAGUACCUUCCCUGCUCGUACGCCGGGAGGGUUCUCUCCAGCACGUGGUGGUUCGUGAUCCUGGUGGUGAUCUCCUCCUACACCGCCAACCUGGCCGCCUUCCUGACCCAGACGCGCCUGGAGGAGACCGUGAGUUCGCUAGAAGAGCUGGCGAGCAGCAAGUUCGACUACGGAGCUCUGGCGCGGAACACAAUCGUGCAGUUUCUACAGACGGCCACCGACGAGCCGUACAAGACGAUCGGGAACUACCUGAAGCAGAACAAGGAGGAGGUUCUUCUGAGCACGCGGGACGAGCUGCUGGAUAAAGCCGCAUGGGAAAAGUUUGUGUACAUCGCUGACGCUGAGAACGCGUUCAUCGUGAAGGACGAGAGAUGCGAGCUUAUCACAGUGGGAGAGAAAUUUUUCCUGUCCCCACUGGCGCUGAUGCUGCCCCGCGGGUCUCCUUACACCAAGGAGUUCAACCGGCUGAUCUUAGAGUUCCGAGAAAACGGCUUCAUGGACAUCCUGCACAACCGCUGGUUCAGGGCUCGAGGCAAGUGUGACUCCCGCUUCUCCAAGACCGACCAAUCCGUGCUCGGCUUGGAGAGCUUCGCCGGACUGUUCUACUUCAUGCUGAUGGGGAUCGCGCUGACGAUGCUGGUCCUGGCGGCGGAGAAGGUCUGGUUCAUGCGGCAGGACAGCAAGGACGAGAAGAGAAGCAACCUGGAACUCGCGGACCUAGGUGGGGCUAAGGAUGGGGAACUGGACGCUCUUCGUGCAUAGAAUAGCGCCACUUAGUGGAACAUUUUGACGAUACAAGAGAGGCUUUUGUGUGCAGUUGGACAUUUCAUUCAAUUUGACUAAUCUUAAAGUGGAUAUUUGCAUCACAAUUUUGUAAUUUACUACAGUGUGUUUUAUAGGCAACUUGCCAAAGGGGUGGGGUGGGGAUGGGGUGGUAUGUGUGUAUGCCCUCUGGGUUGGAACAAGACCACAGAGCCUUAUGCUCUGUAUGUACAUCCAGAAAACAUUGUACAAUAUUGUCGUUUAAUGUUUAGCCAUAUAGUGAGCGUUAAAGCUUUUUAUAUUGAUCAUGAAAUGCAUAGUUAUGUGAUCUGUGAAUUAGAAUAGCUGGGAGGAUAACAUUGAUAUCCAAUGGUGCUUGCUAUCAAUAUAAAUGUUAGGGCAAUUUGUGAAAUGACUGUUGCAGCGAAAGUAAGGAUUUCACCAGGGUCCGUCCUUUGUAAUACUAGCAUAGAUAGUAUGUGUGUAUGUGUGUGUGUGUGUGUGUGUGUGUGUGUGUGUGUGUGUGUGUGUGUGUGUGUGUGUGUG